AUGUCUCGUAGUGGCAAAAAACUUGUUCGCGUUGAAUCUAUAUAUUCAAGAAGACGAGACAGCGGAAGCGGACUUUCUUCUCCUUCUAAAAUGCCAUCAGAGAUCGCGACUAUGCGUUACCUGAAAGAUCAUUCAACGAUUCCUAUCCCCACGAUACAUGGUUAUGACGCGGAUGCUGACCGCCAUGUUGGCGGUACGUGGUUGGUCAUGGAAUACGUAUGGCAUACCUUAACGACGACCCAGCGUGAACAGCUUGCUCUGUCUUUGGCAGAUCUAUGGUCUCAACUCAUGCUCCAAACUUUCAAUCAGAUUGGAAGUUUGUACGAAUGCCCUGAAGGGCAAUUUGCGGUCGGGCCAAUGACUUUUCUUCCGAGCAAGAAUCACUAUGCUAUAGCUCCUCCUGAUAGGGCUAAAUGUGGCCCCUUUAACACUGCAAAGGAAUGGCUUGAAGCUACCGCACGUCAGGAACUUGCAUACCGACUCUCUCUGUCGCCACAGCCCGACGCCUCCUCACGUAUUAAUUCUGUGCUGGAUCUCAUACGUGUCUCCGAAGAUCUAGAAUCAAGCAUAAAAUGGGAGGCUUCGCGCCUAAGUAUAGAGCACGUCGACUACUCUACACACAACGUUCUCGUAUCCCCAGUCGAUCCCACAAAAAUCAUGGCAGUCAUUGACUGGGAGGGCGCUCGAAUUGUUCCUAUGUGGGCAAUGAAUCCGGCUUUCAGGUGGCCCCAUGACUCGGACGAACUCGAGAUUAGACAUCUGAAAGCGCUCAUGCGUGACAGAAUUUGCUCUCAGGUACCAGGAUGGAGCUCUGCAAUUGGGAACGAAUGUCGCCCAUUGCGUGUCCUCUGUAUGAAAGCGACUUUGAGUGAUCGCAAUCCCGAUCUCAUCAAUCCUGACGGAUAUCCCUUGGAUAUGUCCCCCGAUUUGUAA